AUGGGUCAAUCUUGGGCGGGCGAAAUGCGUUGGUUUGGGGGGGUUCGCAGCUGGAGAUCGGCAGCCAACUUCAAGCGGAGAGCAUUCCUCGAUUCGAGGUGCACGCCUUGUAAGGCUGCGGGCUGGGAGGCGACGCCGUGCGAUAUCGCCGCCAGCCACAGGCUGGAGUACGAUACAAUGGGUUCGAGGUUUCGGUUACACCAGAUUUUGAACAGAGGUAUCAAGCUAGAAAAUUAG